AUGGAGAGCGCUCGCAAGGAACAAGGGCAAGGCUACUUCAGUCACAACUCCUCUGGUGGUUCCGGUGCCACUCGGAACCCAUCCACCCCCAACGAGGGGCAGAGGAGCCAUUUAAGACAAAACUCUAGCAUUGAUGGCCUGACAAUGGGGUCUCUUCCCCCUAACUCGCCUGUUAUUAGAAUAAUCUAUACUGGCGGACAAACAAAAGUCUUAAAUAUCAAGCAUUGCAAGACGGCUGAUGAAAUUAUACUGUGCGUGCUCAAGAAGCUGCAACUCCCUGAGCAUCAAUAUCGGAACUACUGCUUCUAUGUGUUAGAUGGCCUGGAACCAGACCCGUCGAACUGCAGGAGGCUGGCGGAUCAUGAGCUUAUGGAGAUUUGUGAAAGUAACCACAAAUCUGAGCGUGGUCGUCUCAUACUACGGAAGAUUCAUGCUGGAGAGCCAGACACGGACGAGCUUCGGCGUGCCUCUCAACUCGCCAUUGAUGAAAGCCAAGCGACGCAUAUCAAUGCCCUGAAUAGCUCAAAUCCACGCACACAGUUUAAGAUCCAACAACUCACCGGCGAACCUUGGCAUAAUAUAAAACAACCGAUUUCACCCAUGUCUGCUCGGCAUCAAAAUUCGAGUGAGCACGAUUUGCAAGUGCUGAAUACGGAGCGACACGCCGUGUCCAAGUUACGAUCGUUCUUUGGGGCUCGACCGCCUAGCGAGAUGAUUAUCCACGAGAUCACAUCUUACUUCCCUAGUCACCACCGGGAAGAUAUUGAGAAGACCAUGCGCAUGUCAAUUCGGAGGUCGCAGCGCCUAAGCCGCGCAGCAAGUCGAUUGAGUGUCGUGAGCAAUACAAGUUACGCAUCCAGCUUAAGAGAUGCACCUCCUAUCCCCAGUAUUGCUGAUACCUGGCUUAAUACUGGUGCUCAACCCACUCGCGCUUCGAGGCCUCUUUCAGUUUCCAAGUUUAGCCUUCCUCAAGCAACAUAUAGAGAUUCUAUCGCGUCAAGCUCCCUUCAACCGCUUCAGGAAGAGUCCCCCAUUGAACCAAAUCGCAAAUCAUAUGUUUCUUUCGAUAGUGGUUCGGACGAUCCCAGCACAUCUCGUCAGAGCCUUGUGGAUGAGAAUGCAAGUGUUGCUGCAACUGACGGAGGCUCACUCAAUGAACGACUGAGCGUUCUAGUUGCUGAAGAUGGAGAAGAGGAAGAUGACGGUCUUAAUGACUUCCUCGCUGGAAACAACUUUGCUCCUAAAAAUUGGAUGAAAGGCUCUUUGAUUGGUGAAGGAUCUUUUGGAAGUGUGUUUUUGGCAUUGCAUGCGAUCACUGGUGAGCUUAUGGCGGUCAAACAAGUUGAGAUACCAUCGGCAACAAAAGGCACAGAAUUCGACAAACGUAAGAACAGCAUGGUUACGGCACUGAAACAUGAAAUUGAACUCCUGCAAGGACUUCACCACAAAAAUAUUGUCCAGUAUCUGGGUACCGCUGCUGAUGACCAGUAUUUGAAUAUUUUCCUGGAAUACGUUCCCGGUGGAUCUAUUGCUACAAUGCUCAAGCAAUACAACACUUUCCAAGAGCCUUUAAUCAAGAAUUUUGUACGACAGAUUUUGGCAGGCCUCUCAUACCUGCACAGCCGCGAUAUUAUACAUCGUGACAUCAAGGGUGCGAACAUUCUUGUGGACAACAAAGGUGGUAUCAAAAUCUCGGAUUUCGGUAUCUCCAAACGGGUGGAAGCUUCUACAGUCCUUGGCUCUCGGGCCAGCGGCACAGGAGGUGGUCAUCUACACCGACCGUCGCUGCAGGGUAGCGUAUAUUGGAUGGCACCGGAAGUUGUUCGACAGACCGCCCACACUAAGAAGGCAGACAUUUGGAGCUUGGGAUGCCUAGUCGUGGAGAUGUUUAUAGGCGCUCACCCUUUCCCUGACUGCAGUCAGCUGCAGGCUAUUUUCGCCAUUGGUAGCAACAAAGCCAGACCACCUGCGCCAGAGCAUGCGAGCAAGGAUGCUGUUGCAUUCCUGGACAUGACAUUCCAGGUUGAUUAUGAGCAACGGCCGAGUGCUGACGAGCUUUCGAAGUGUCAAUUCCUCGCCACGCCAAUUGCAUGA